UGACCUUUGUUUUGUUGACCUCGCAGAUAUCGAAUCUUUCAGUUGUUCGCUUUCGAGAAAUUGAAAGUUUCAAGAGUAGAAAGGCUGAACAGUUUUGUUGUAAGCGGGUAAAAACUUUUACACGUAGAAAGGUAGAGGUAAACUGAAACAUGAAGCUAUCUGUACGGGUACGCGGGGAUUGGUUCGCUGUUCCCUGUAAGGGAUCGGAGAAGGUGAAAUGGCUCGGAGAGGAGAGCUUGCGUCGUUACUACAAAUCCAAGUGUAACAGCGGCCACGCCGAUGAAACGGUGUUUGAAGUCCGCAAAGCCAAGGGUGGCGCCAUUCUAGAUUCUGAUGACUCCAUCCGGGAUGUUCUGGACGACAGUGACUUUGUUACAGUCGUUCUGGACAGUGAUAUGUCGAGUCCCGCCAUAGGCCCUGCUGAACCUGUCUAUGUGGAAGAGAAGAUACCAAAAGAAAGUGUCCAAGCCGCUAAGGAGGUCAUGUCUCUGGAUGGAAACAGCCUUUCAACUGACGACCUGGUUCGACUAGGGAAAGGUUACUACAGAAUAAAGCUAACAGUUGAGUCUGAACAGAAGGUCAACAAAGCCAGACAACUCCUGGAGGACAUAAUCAACAGCAACAAAGUUGUGUACGGGAUCACCACUGGGUUUGGAAAAUUCGCCCGUACGACGAUUGAAAAGUCCAAACUGAUAGAGCUACAGGAAAAUCUGAUUCGGUCUCAUGCUGCCGGCGUUGGUCCACCACUGUCCCCGGAGAGGACUCGCAUGGUCCUGGCCCUUAGAAUCAAUGUGUUAGCUAAGGGCUUCAGUGGUAUCUCGAUGGACACUCUUCAGAAAUAUAUCGCCGCUUUCAAUGCCUCCUGUUUGCCAUUCGUACCCGAAAAGGGAACAGUGGGUGCUAGUGGUGACCUUGCCCCAUUGUCCCAUCUCGCACUCGGUAUGAUGGGAGAGGGUAAGAUGUGGAGCCCCAACAGUGGCUGGGCCGAUGCCAAAUAUGUUCUGGAAUCUAAUGGGUUAGAACCGAUAAAGCUAGGACCAAAGGAGGGUAUUGCAUUAAUCAAUGGAACGCAGCUCAUAGCAGGACUGGGCUCAGAAGCUGUGGAAAGAGCUGAAGCUAUCGCUCGACAGGCAGAUAUCGUGGCCGCCUUUACCUUGGAUGUCCUGAAGGGUACAACUAGGGCGUUCGAUAGCAACAUACAUGAUGUCAGGCCACACAAGGGGCAAAUCAAAGUUGCCAGGAGACUGAGAUCGCUGCUUCACUCGGAAACACAUCCAUCCGAGAUUGCAGCAAGUCACAGAUUCUGUGACAGGGUCCAGGAUGCCUAUACCCUCCGUUGUUGCCCACAGGUUCAUGGAGUGGUGAACGACACUAUAGAUUUCGUGAAAGGCAUAUUGACUACAGAAAUCAACAGUGCUACCGACAACCCAAUGGUUUUCGCUGAUAUUAAUGAAAUCAUAUCCGGAGGGAACUUUCAUGGUGAAUAUCCGGCAAAGGCCCUUGAUUACCUUGCUAUUGGUGUUCACGAGCUCGCUAAUAUGAGUGAACGACGUAUCGAGAGACUUGUCAAUCCGGCUUAUAGUGAGUUACCGGCCUUCCUUACACCUGACGGUGGACUCAAUUCAGGAUUCAUGAUUGCGCAUUGUACCGCCGCUGCCUUGGUCUCCGAGAACAAGGUGUUGUGUCACCCGGCGUCUGUCGACUCAUUGACGACAAGUGCAGGCACAGAGGAUCACGUGUCCAUGGGAGGGUUUGCAGCGAGAAAAUGUCUACGUGUAGUUGAACAUGUCGAGCAAGUCCUGGCGAUAGAGUUGUUAGCUGCAUGCCAGGCUAUCGAGUUCCUACGUCCGCUAAAAUCUACACCACCGCUUGAGGAAGUAUAUAAGUUGGUUCGUAGUAAAGCUGGACCAUGGGAUAAAGACCGCUUCAUGACACCAGAUAUUGAGUCUGUGACGAAGAUGUUACAGGAAGAGCAGGUUUGGAGGAAGGCGAAGCCGAUGAUGGACAAUUAUCAUUCGCUCCAGUCUAUUGAGACUAGAGUUUUCUCCCCAACUGCUAGUGGCCCGGACGCUCCUUCAUUGAAAAGAAGGAAAACAUCGAGCAUGUCGAGACGUUAGUUAUGUACACUAGCACCACACUGAGUAGAUACGAGGAUCAUAUAGUGCUUGAUCUACUAACCGGAUAUGUUUAAUUCUAAAUAUCGUUUGGCUUCAUACUAGCCCAUAAAGAUGAAUGGUUGAUACAUAACACAGACUUUCUUGCUCCAUAAUUACAUAAUAGAGUAUGUUUUAUAUAUCAGUAUAUCAUAGUACAGGUAUCACAAUGAAAAUUCAUAUUGUACGAUUCAUGUAACAUUGUGUUAUAAUAUCUCAAAUUAUCUUACUGUUUCUACCAUUAUCGUGAAAUAUGUCCGUGGUAUGCAGCAAAAUUAAGUGUAAGUAAGAAGUAAAAAUAUCUAUGUAAGUAUGUCCAUUGUCCAGAUGGUGUCAGAAGAUUGAGAAUAGACUCUGUAUAAUAGCAAAUAUGAAAUAUAGACCAGGAAGGUUGCGAGAAAACACUUGUAUGAUGUAUAAAUGAAUGUUGCCAAUCAAUCCCACGUUUUAAAUUCAAACAUAAUUUCUGUGUUGUAUAUAUAUAUAUAUUCUAUAUUAUAUAUGUCCAUAUUUUUUUUUGUCACAGAGAAUAAAAUAAAUAUAUAAUUAUAAC